AUGAAUCCUUAUGUACAAAACAAGAAGAGAAAUUAAACACAAGCCCACCGAAUAUAUAAAUAUAUUUAUAUAUAUAUCUUCUUCCCAAUCCACUCAUUAUUAUAAAUACCACAUAUUCACAUAUUAAGCUACUUACUAACUUUUUCUCUUCAUCAUCCUACUCUUAAUAUAAUCUUUAUCUCGUAUAGUUUUUUUUAAUUUUCUUUUUGGUCCAAAAAUUAAGAUGGAAUACUUGGAUCAACCCAUAAAACGUUUAGAUCAGAGUAAGAGUAAUAUAGGAGUUGGCAGGGCAGCAACAACAACAAGGCCUUUACCAUCUUCUCCUAAUGUUAAUAAUAAAUCUUAUGGGGGUAGUCUUUGCAAUCAUCGUUCGGAGUCAUUCCGGACAUUGGAGAAGGGUGUACCCGCGAAAUCAGAAUCGGCAGAGGUGAGAUUAGCAUGGCUUCGUUCUCAGAUCAUUGGUGGUAAUUAUGAAGUGGAAUACAACUCUCCUUUCGGCAAACGAACCAUCGUGUAUGCCGAUCACACCGCCUCUGGUCGAUCCCUUCUCUACAUUGAAAACUUCAUCAUCUAUAACGUUCUUCCUUUCUAUGGAAACACACACACGUGCGACAGUCACGUGGGUCACCGAACAACAAAAAUGGUUCAUGAAGCAGGGAGCUACGUAAAGAAAUGUUUGGGAGGUGGAGAUGAGGAUGCCCUCUUGUUCUGUGGGUCAGGUACCACUGCGGCCAUAAAGAGGCUCCAAGAGGUUAUGGGGCUUACGGUGCCAUCCAUACUGAGAGAGAGAGUGAUGAAGAGCUUAAGCAAUGAAGAGAAAUGGGUCGUUUUUGUUGGACCAUUUGAGCAUCAUUCGAACAUUCUCUCAUGGCGCCAAAGCUUGGCUGAAGUAGUUGAGAUCGGUUUAGACGAAAAUGGGUUAUUAGAUAUGGAAGCUCUAAGAUUGCAGCUUGAGUGUUACAAAUAUGCCAACAGACCUAUUUUGGGUUCUUUCUCUGCUUGUAGUAAUGUGACUGGGAUUUACUCUGAUACAAGAGCAAUAGCCCAACUUCUUCACUUGUAUGGAGGCUUUGCAUGCUUUGAUUUCGCUGCUUGUGGUCCCUAUGUAGAGCUGGACAUGAGAUCAGGAGAGAUGGACGGCUAUGAUGCUAUUUUUCUUAGCCCACACAAGUUUGUUGGUGGACCUGGAACCCCUGGCAUACUAUUGAUGAGCAAGGCUCUCUAUCAGCUCAAGACUUCACCCCCAUCAACUUGUGGAGGUGGAACCGUUGCUUACGUUAAUGGCUUCUCUGAAAAGGAGACGUUAUAUUACGAGGACAUUGAAGAAAGGGAGAAUGCUGGGACACCACAAAUAAUACAAACAAUAAGAGCAGCGUUGGCCUUUUGGGUCAAAGAAUACAUAGGUUAUGAAGUGAUUAAAAGAUAUGAGCAUAUCUAUGCAGAAAAAGCACUAAAGAGGCUUCUCCCAAAUAAGAACAUACAUGUUUUAGGAAAUACAAGUGUCAAACGACAAGCCAUAUUGUCGUUCCUCGUUUAUUCCACAACAAAUUCUUGCUCACCUACAGACCUUAAAAAUGGGUGUGGCAAUGACAGCAGAGACGGCAAAGAAGGAGGGCUUUUCAUGUGGGGAGAGAUUGGCAACAAUAGAGAUAAGCCUCUUCAUGGAGCUUUUGUUGCAGUCCUCCUCAAUGACCUCUUCGGCAUCCAAGCUCGAGGUGGUUGUGCUUGUGCGGGACCCUAUGGUCACAGACUGCUCGGAAUUGAUGAGGCUAUCUCUCAUGCCCAUAGAUCUGCCAUUGUAGAGGGCUACGCCGGAGCGAAACCUGGAUGGACAAGAAUCAGUUUUCCCUAUUAUAUGUCCAACGAGGAAUUUGAGUUCAUUUUGGCAGCAUUGGAAUUCGUAGCUACUUAUGGACAGCGGUUCCUCACUCUUUAUCACUUUGAUAUGCGAACAGGUAGCUGGACUGCCAGAGACAAAGCACUUUUAUGCCUCAUCAAGAAUAAUGCUUGCAAUGUUCAUGGCGUUCCUCUAGCUAAUGGUACAAAUGCAACAGAAGUGGAGAGUGAACAACCCAAAAAAUUCAUAAACAUAGAAGCUAAGCAUAAUGGAAUUGUCACUAAGUUUGAGCAGUAUUUAAAGACUGCCAAUGAGAUUGCACAUCUCCUUCCCAAAUUCCCUCCACAGCGCACACUUCCGGGAGCAUUAGAUCUCAAUUUUUUGCAAUUCAGAGUUUAAUCCAAUUCUUUUAGUCAUAUACAACACUUGACAUUGUACAUUUUUGUUCUCCAAUUUAUUCGUUUGCAAUUUAUAUACUGUAAUUGCUGAAAAGAAAGAGUGUUGCAUUUCUUCCCCCUCCCCCGCCAUUCCCUCUCUUUCACAACACCUAUUAUGAUGUAUCAUGCUAGCUAUAAAUUAAUAAGACAACUAUCUUUCUACUUCUUUGGUAGAUUGAGCCCCUCCUGGGUAUUUACAUAGCAAUUGCUAUAAUUUUCUAGUUCCCAAAUAUUGUAGGGUGAAGCAGGGAAUCUAGUUUUAAUUAAAUGUGUAGAAUUACCAAUCAUUAAACAUA